UGGAGAUCGCCAACUCAACAGUUAACAAUAAGUAGAUAUAAUCCUAAUUCGCAUGAUAAUCAGUCGAUUAUCGGUUUCGAGUGUUCCGACGAAUGAGGGAUUAUAUCGUUUUUUCUAGCUUCUUACUUGUGACGAUGCGCCACUGCACCGACAUUAUCGUGUAACAAUUAGCAUCAGGUAGCACAUAAGUGUCGUACCUUCUUAUUCGAAAUUCGAGUGUUACGCCCCUUUAAAAAAGCCGCGUGCGCGUAAUUCACAUAAAUAAAUCUCACAGCGCGUGGUUCUGACAGUUCUGCAGACGGCGAUUGACGUGUGCCAUAAUGAUAGUUUCACGCAAUCGUGACGAGAUUUCAUGUUCAUAUAAUUAAUUAUCUCCAUAAAAAACGGAUGGGUUUAGACCCUAGUCAUAAAUCACAUAUAUAUGUGACAUAAAUACAUAGUGUUUUACGGCGUUAGUAAAUAGUGCCGAGUCAUUUAUUAACGGACGCUAAUGGAAUGGAGUUUAGUCGCUGCGAUAAAUGCAUUUAGCGAUUGAAUCCCUUUUUACGUACUAUUUGUUUUAUUACCGUUACACCAAGAGAGCUCGAUGAUAUCAAGUUUUUGCCUGAACUGUUAGUAUAUGCAGCAUCUAUUCUUUUUCACAUUAGAAAAAAGAAUUUUGUAUAGUCAUAACCUCAAUAUGUUAUGAUUACUUGGUUGCGUUCGAUAAUUUAACGUGAGAAAAAAUCUCGCCGCUCAAUAUUGCGAAGAUCUACCAGACUCACGCCUAGAGAAAAUCAAUUUUAUCAAUUAUGCACUUUGUGCAGUUGCGAAGUAGAAGCAGAAAAAACAGCAUCAAGUGUAGAACUACGGUAUUCGGUGCAAGUCAAGCCAAAAUAUCUAAGGACAAAAGCUGUGGUACGUGCAUCCAUGCAAUAUAUGUUGUACAUGCUACCACACACUAUACAAUAAGAAGAGUGUGUAGCGAUUUCAAGAUUGUGCGCGCGGGGGUGUUUUAGACUCCCCCACGAGCUGAUGUCAGCCAGUAGUCGGCGCGUUUACCGGGACUGCUGCGGCAACGGGAUCGAGCUUACUGAGACGAGCCACGACCGGGGCACGACCCACGAGUUCGUUCUAAGAAGGUGCAGCAGCAGUGCAGACCAACCCGCGUACAAUCGUCGCCGUCUUUUACGCUGGGCUGUUAAAUUUCUCGGACUUGGCUGUCUUGGCGUAUUUUGCUGCGCGAUUCCCACGCUGCUCGCUCUGCUAGUUUGCAUCGUCGUCAGUCUGAUUGUACUUAUCAAGACUUUGGCCCGCGAACCUAUUCAUACUUUACUUGUUGUCGAAUCUGUCGGGGUACACAUAAUAAACCCUAAAUCUAUAUUUAGUGACGUGGAGGAGUAUUUGCCAUGGAAAACCAUUGAUAAUAUUUUUAUCAAUGAAGUCAUAUCUGAACAAAAAGUUUUGUAUUACUUGACAUUCAUUGUAAGAAAACUUGAUAACAAUGGUAAAAAUAGCAUAAGAUUGAUCCCUUUGUUUUGUGAUCUAAAACCUGAAAGAAAAUGCCUGGAAUACAUGUACACACUCUUGGCAAAUUGCAUUGGGAAGACAAAGACAAUGAAGCUGCUUUAACAGUUCCUGGAUCAUAUUGGUUUUGUAGGAAAAACAGCAUUUAUAAAUUUACAUUCAAAUUUCAUAAAUCAGUGAGAAACAAUGUACAAUUUUCUCAUAGUAAAGAGUUAAUGAAAAUAGUUAGAAGAGUAUUAAAAAAACCACCAAAACAAGGACAACAUUUUAGCACAAAAAAUUUAAUAGUUAUUUACAAUCAUGCAACAUGGACUCGACAAGAUAGAAUAUUUGCUGUGAUGAAAUUUCGUGAUAGGCCAGAUGCUAGUGCAUUUUCUUACGUCAUUAUACUAACUGUCAAAAUUGUAAAUCAACUUCGAUCUUCAGGGCCAAUUUUAAAUGAAGCUUCCAAUCAAAGGUUGAAUGAAUGUACUUCUAAAGUUGGAUCAGUUCUGAGAAACUCAACAUUUGAAAAGGAAAAAGAUAAAACAGAAAUUCCUGUUACAUCAAUGUUAACUAAUGGUCAUUCAAAUUUACUAUAUAAAAAUUUGAAUAGACCACAGGCUUCACAAAAAACUUACACAUGUUUGAAAGCAUUUACAUCGUCUGAUGCUAUUGAGCUUGGUGCAACUUCAAGUUGGAUCAUAAGUGGUAGAGAUGACGAUAAAAACGACAAGAUGAAACGCCUAAAUUCAGGAAUAAUGGAUUGCAGUAAGCACAAUGAAGACUUGGAAUCACUACCAACGACGUCAAAACAUGAUUCCGAGCUUGAUUUUGUUGCUGAUGAAGAAAACAGUAAUAGUUCCAGUUCAGAUUCUGCAGAUCUUCCUUACCAGUAUCUCAUUGAAAGAGAUAUUGAACGUGAAAUAGCCAAUUCAAAAGCAAAAAGUAAAAGACAAGUUAGUGAGUCAUCUGUUGUCAGCGAAUCAUUAGUUGUCACCGAAGUAGACACAAAGUCACCGAAAUGUUCAUCAUCUCGAAGAUCCAGUGCUUCUUGCUCAUCGGUAUCUCGUCAAGAUUUCAAAGAAGAGCUUUCUCCAGACCUAGCGAAUCUUCGAUCGUCUGACAUUACCGAUCUUGUCAUGAAAGGCCUUAUGUUCACAAUUAGACAGGAUGAGAAUGCUGUCAUUGUUGUGGAAGAAAAAACUAAACUCGAACUUGAUGAAGUUCUUGAGAACUCGGAAAAGGUUGAAACCGAAGAAGGAGACCCUUGUCUAUUAAACUCAAGUUUACUGCGACUUGAGAAAAUGAUAACGCGAAUGAAAGCACCUGCAGUUACUUCGCCUAAAGAAAAUGAAAUGCAUCAAAAUGGUCUGGUCUCAUAUUUGGAUUCAACCAGUAGCAACAAUGACAUGGCCACCAAAAAACUUGAUAAAACAAAAAAUGGUUUGGACUGGCCUCCAUUUUUCUUGAAUGAAGAAAAUUCCGACUCAGAGUUAAAAAAAAAUAGACUUAUCAUUGGCAGUGCACACAAUUUUUUUUAUAAUAAUGAAUUAACUCAAGAUGAAGAUUUUAUACUCAGUUUAAGUGACGAGGAAAAUGAAGUUGAAGAUUCGCUAAAAGUUUCUGUACAUCCUUCGUAUUUAAAUGAUAUCCUUGAUGCCAAGACUCCGGCUUCAUCCAAUUUACCUGAUUUGAUAUCACAAAAAACAAAUCUAGAUGAUGGAGUACCCAUGAAAAAGAAAAAAGGAUCUAAUAUUCAAGUUGAAUAUGAUGGUUCAUUAAAAAUCCCUAAAAUAAUCUCAAAUCAAAUAAUUUCUGAUGAUCAAUUACCUGAAAUGUUAUUAAAAACACUAAAAACUAAAAAUUCUCCCGAAAAUCAAGAGAAUAAUGAAUUAAUCAAGUCAUUUUCUAAUAAAAUUAUUGCUGAAAGAGGUAAAGAGCCGCAAAAUGAAAAGGACUUUAAUAAGAUAUCAAAUAAUCAUAAUCAAAAUAGUUACUUUUCUGAAGUUGAUUCGUUUUAUGCAAUCAGAAGAACACGUUCAAACGCUAGAAUGUUGGGUAUAUCGUCGUCGUCUUCGUCGUCGUUGUUAUCUUCACAUCUAAACUUAACUCAUCGACUUACAUCAAAGUCAAAAAUGCAGAAAAAUUUCACACAAAAAGAAGUUGAUAAAAUAAAAAAUUUUUCUAAUAUCAAUGAAAACCUGAAAAUCAAACAAAAAAGUGGGGAUAGUGAUCAGAACAUGGUAAAAAUAAUCAAACCCAGUGAAUUUAAACGAAAUUCUAUCAUUAAUGUUCCCAAAUUGAUAUGGGAUUUGAACUUUACUCCAAAAGUAGUAAUUGAGCGUUUAGAUCCUUCUAAACUUAUGAAAAAACAAAUUUGAAUUUAUAAAAAUAGAAAUUGUACAUUUUAAUACGCAUAGUUUACAUUACAUAAUGUAACUAAUUUAUUUACAUAAUUGUAGAUGUAUACUAAAACUAGCACUUCGUUAUUAACAAAGAUGUCGCUAGUCAAUUGCAAUGAUUUUUGAUUCAAAUUUUUUUACUAUAUUGAAUUAUAAUUGUUAUAGAUGUCCAUUAUAAAUACUCUAAAAAUUAAAGUUAUCAAAAUGACAUUAUUGAUGUAUAUAAUUGUGAAAAAUAUAAAACAAUGUAAAUUUUAAAAAGCAGUGUGAACUUCCAUUGAAAU